AUAUAGAAAAUCAUACAAAAAACCAAUUACUACUACUAAGUUUCAUAUCUUAUUAUCUCAUUUGGAUAAUAAGUUUUCUUGCUACAUUUUAUUGCCUUGUAGCACACACAAAUGGGUAUUCUUCGCAAUCUUUCGGAAUGUUUCACUUUUUAUACAAAACCAGCGGAGAAACGUAUUCCUAAGAAGACGGUUCAUGUGAGGGUGAAAAUGGAUUGUGAAGGUUGUGUAAAGAAAGUUACAAAUGCUGUAGAAGAUUUUGAAGGGAUGGAAUCAUUCGUUGUAAGUAAAAACCUACAAAGGGUAAGCGUAACUGGGAAUGUAGAUGCACAGGAUGUCUUAGAUGAAGUGAGGGGCACAGGAAAAACAGCUGACAUGUGGCCUUUUGUUCCCUACAAUUUAGUGGCUUAUCCUUAUGCUCAAGGGGCAUAUGACAUUAAAGCACCAACUGGUUUUGUAAGGAAUGUCCCUCAGGCUGUUGGUGACCCUAAGUCUCCAGAGAUGAAGAUGAUGGUGCUUUUUAAUGAUGAUAACCCAAAUGCUUGUUCAAUCAUGUAAUUUCAAUUUGAUAUUGUUUUGCUUUUAUUAAUUAGCUAAGCACCAAAUUUGUUUGUGUUGCUAUGAUUAAUAUCAAAUUUGUUUUCUUUAGUGUGAGGUGAAUAAGUGGAGAGUUAGAGAAUUUGACAUUAUUAAAAUCAUUUUUUAUAAAAGUACUCUUUCGUAACAAUUUUAUUGACAACACAGAAAAAAAUGGUAAAUAAAUAUGGUUAUUAUU